GUAAGCCUUUGUGAGAGUUGCGCUUUUAUUUUGAAGGAAACGGGCAGGAAGUGUGCAUCGAGAUAACGAGGGAUUCUAAGCUACGCAGCUACCAUCACUUUCUUGCUGCUCGUUUCUCUCAUAAUAACAUACAAUUCAACGUUUUUUGUAAACUAUAUUGCUUACGGUGUCCUACAAUGAUCAUCCCUGUCCGGUGCUUUACGUGUGGGAAGAUCGUGGGAAACAAAUGGGAGGCAUACCUCGGCCUACUUCAAGCCGAGUACACUGAGGGUGAUGCUCUCGAUGCCCUGGGCCUGAAGAGAUACUGUUGUCGGCGGAUGCUCCUGUCUCAUGUGGAUCUUAUUGAGAAGUUGUUGAAUUAUGCCCCUCUGGAGAAGUGAUCAUAUCUGGCCACCUUCAAGAACAGCAUGGACUUUGUAGGGUUGUUGCAUGGAUAGAUUGAAUGUCCAUGCAACAGCUUUGUUAGUAUAUUGAAGUGACCACAGACUACAGUGAAGACGAAUGAAACAUACUUUUUUUUUUUGGUUUAAUGCAUUUUUUUUUUAAAUAAAGCUGUUAAAUGACACUGUAACCUGUAUUACUGGCUCAUGUAUUUACCGUACUCUUUUGACUGGUACUAUAGAGGGAAGA